AAGGAUGCGGUUAUAACGUGACAGCAUCCAGCUGAACGCCAAAGCAGAGCAGCAGUGAACUUAUGAUCAGGCUGUGAUGCACACGGGUGACGCCGCGCUCCUGUAGUCGCAUAACCAAAGACUGGCGUGGGAUCGGUCCCUGCUGCGCCUCAGCUGGAAUAACGUCGGGAAAAUCCAGAAAUUUCAUUAGCGGGGUGUUUUUUUUUCUCUCUCUCUCUCUCUAAAGAAAAAAAAAAAGGAGGCGAGCUGUGUCGAGAAUAAUCCCUUUUGGGCAAACGUUUCCAAUCGGAAGAGGGUUUUUUUUCUGUACUUUGCAGGGAAGCCAGAGCAGAUUUAUCCCGAUAGAGAAUCACCACAGAGAGCCUGUAACAAGGAACCAUGGGAAAGCAGAACAGCAAGCUGACUCCCGAGGUGAUGGAGGAUCUGGUGAAGAGCACGGAGUUUAACGAACACGAGCUGAAGCAGUGGUACAAAGGCUUCCUGAAAGACUGCCCCACCGGCAGGCUGAACCUGGACGAGUUCCAGCAGCUGUAUGUCAAGUUCUUCCCGUAUGGCGAUGCAUCAAAAUUCGCACAGCACGCCUUCAGAACCUUUGACAAGAACGGAGACGGGACCAUCGAUUUCCGAGAGUUCAUCUGCGCCCUGUCCAUCACAUCCCGCGGCAGCUUCGAGCAGAAACUCAACUGGGCCUUCAACAUGUACGACCUGGAUGGUGACGGCAAAAUCACCAGAGUGGAGAUGCUGGAGAUAAUCGAGGCUAUCUACAAAAUGGUGGGCACCGUGAUCAUGAUGAAGAUGAACGAGGACGGUUUGACACCAGAGCAGCGGGUGGACAAGAUCUUCAGCAAAAUGGAUAAGAACAACGACGACCAGAUCUCGUUGGAGGAGUUCAAGGAGGCGGCGAAGAGCGACCCGUCCAUCGUGCUCCUGUUGCAGUGUGACAUGCAGAAGUGAGCCCGGCCCUCCCGCUCGCUCCUCCAACCCCGUCUGUGAUCCGCACACUCUGGACAGCAGCACAUGUUUUAAUGUCUCAUUAGGUUCUCUGCCAUUUCCACAGGAAAACAAACAAAAAAAAAACAAAACAAUGCUUGGACUAUUUUUCAAUGGACUCGCUUCUUGUGGUUGUAUGCAUGAGAAUGUCAAAUGCUGAAUAAUUUUGAAUAUAGCUCUAAGAUAUCAUUCAUUUCUAUUUCAGAACAUGCCAAUGUGAUUUGUGCACAGUAACCCCUACACAUUCUCAUCCAACCCCCCCACCCCCCUAGCUUGUAUAUCAGUGGAGCACUGCAUUAAAUUAUGUUCCUGCAGUAUUUAGGAUCCCCAGUGUUUGACUGCUGCAACUACUGUACGCUUUACAUAAUAGUAACAAAACAAUAAUUCCUAUGAUAAUUGUAACUGUCUCUACUAUCCAGACCUGUUGAGCUCUUGGAGAAUAGAGAGGCUCCUGUCUGUUCCGGAUGUUUUCACACGAUGGAACCAAGAAGAGUAGGUUCUUUGCAUGCAUAUAUUAUGUGUCGGAAAAAAAAAAAAAAAAAAUUAUAUAUAUAUAUAUAUAUAAUCUCUUACCUUUUUGCAUCUUUAGGUGGUUAUAAAAGAGAAAAAAAAAAAAGGAAAAAACCCUCCGGAAAAAUUCAUUUAGUAAUGUUGCAUGGGAUGUACAGUGUGUGACUCAUCAGACUCUCAUUAGUUCACCUCCAGUAAUGUGGGAGCAUGCUUCCCUCCAUUCGAUACACGUGUAUGUGUGACACUUCGAGUGCUUUUUCGAAAAGCUAUAUUUGGGCUGCGGUUUUGCGGGCUAAUCUCCGAGGAAGAGCUUUUUUUUUUUUUUUUUCCAACAUAAACAUAGUAUUGUGUUUCAAUUCAGUGACUUCUGGGAUGAGCAGGAAUAUAUUGACGGAGCAACAUUUCCUUUGAUGAAUUUUACUCUACUGCUGCCACUUAAUCUAGAGGGAAAAAAGGGCCCAAAUUACCGCUGCCACUUAUUAGGCACAGUACUCAUUCAUUAUGCCCCCCCGCCCGCACCCACGAGGAUCCACAAUUGGCUUCUCUUUCAGGCUGCUUAUUUGAUUUAGACCUAAAUAACUGAACUCAGUACAUAUCAACAUGUUUACAGAAGGAAGAGCACUGCAAAAAUGACGACAGUCUUGGCUUUUGACCUUGUUGCUGGGAGCUCACUCUCCAGGCCGGGGACCUUUCGAGAGGGGCUCCACUUCCAAUGCAGCAAUGUAAAAAAGAAAAAAAAAAGAAAAAAAAAAAACUAAAAGAAAGAAAGGGAAAAAGCCUCUUAUAUGUUUACUGGACACACUGCAUUCCUACGUAUAAAACUUUUUUGUAAGGAGAAACUUUUUAUUGAAAGGUCUCAUCUUCUAAUCUAGUCCGUUCGCAACAAUCAUUAAAGACGCAGGAACCCUCGAGAGAGGUGCUCGACAAAGCUUUUGAAAGAGGGUUUUUUUUUCUUUUUUCCCGUGUGAGGCGGCAGCUGGAUGAUGAGGAUGAUGAUGAUGAGGAUGAUGAUGAGGAUGAGUUGUUGUGCAAAUUUUCUUUCAACAGUUUUGCUUCCCCAUUUCUAGGCUAUGCAAGCAUGGACUGAGUGUCUGCUUGUAGUCCACUUACAGUAGUGGAGGUUGCAGAAGCUUUUCACUGUUCUGUCUAUAAACAACCCCCCCUCCCCCCACA